AAAAGGACUUUUAAAAUAAAUUGGAUUGAACCGAAAGAUAUGAACCUAUAUAAUGAACUCUCUCGAAUUUUGAAUUUUGUGUUGCAGGCAGUGCCUCGGGUAUCGCCUACAUUCCAAUGAUUUCUGUGCUGGCCACUUACUUUUCGAAGAACUUAACGCUUGCAGUUGCCAUUGCCUCAUCGGGUGUGGGGAUAGGUACCUUUAUAUAUCCACCCUUGAUCAUGGGUCUAGACUCAAUGUAUUCGUGGAGGGGUUGUACGUUAAUACUAGCUGCCAUAACCUUAAACAUAUGCGUCUGUGCAGCCAUUAUAGCACCUAAAAACAACCCUAAUAAAGAAAUAAAACCUGCACCAUCGACAGAGGAUAAUUACAAUGUAGAGAGGGUUUGCGACACCAGCAUAUUCACUAAUCUUAAUUUUACGAUCUUAUGCAUGAAUCAGCUUCUCUAUUGCUUUGGACAUUCAAUCCUUUAUGUUCAUUUUGGAGAAUACGCCAUCACAAUGGGCGUGGAAGAGGACCACUCAGUGCUAUUAUUUUCAAUAAUUGGAAUAUCAAAUUUAGCAGGGAAAAUUAUACUUGGAGUAAUAUCAAGAUUUAGUUUCGUGAACUGCAUACUUUUAUAUGCGCUAACAAUAACAACAGCUGGAUUAUUAAUGCUAACCAUACCGAUUCAAACUUUGUAUGCAACCUUAAUUGCAUCCUCAAUAAUUUUUGGUGUUUGCUCUUCAGCAUUCGGGGUACUCCCGCCAGCUAUUGUAUGUCGGUUUCUUGGACAAAACGAACUUCCAACGGGGUAUGGAAUUUUAUGUAUAUUCUCCGCAAUAGGUAUAUUGCCAGGAGCCCCCAUAGCAGGAUUGUUGUUUGACUAUACCAACCAUUACAUGGGAUCGUUUUAUCUUGGAGGCUCUAUGAUAGUCAUAAGUGGGAUUAGUAUGGUUAUUCCUUAUAUCAGGACACGUCAUAGAUUAUCACAUGAACAGCGUGCUAUAGAUGGCACUGAUUUGAAAAAACAGAGUCUUCUAAAUGUUUCCGCUGAUAAUAAUGACAAUGAAAUCCUGACGAAUAUUGCUUAGGGGACUGACAAUGUCAAUGGAGUUUAUUUUUGAAGAUUAUGAAUAUCUGACCUUUUUUUCAUAUGUGUUCUUUUGUCGACCAAAAAGCAUUUAAAACACUAACGUUAGACAUAUUGCUUCAUGUUUACGUGUAAAGGCAGAAUCAGGGCUGGAUGGGGUGACAAAAUUGUAAGCAACAUGGACCUACCAAUGUAUUCUUCGAUAACAUAAAUUGUUUAAGGAUUUAAGCCUCGUACCCAGUGCAAUAGUCCUUAAAAAAUUCUGGAAAUUUUACACAUCGUCAAUCUAAUGAUCAC